AAAAUCUCUAUGCCAAUUUAAUUGUCAUGGGCUCCAUGCCAUGAGAGUGAAUCUUUGCCGUACAUCCCAAUCCAACGGCCUAGAUUCCUCUAAGUAAAUCGAUCGCAACCGCCCAUUUCUAAUUUUUCGAUUUUUAUUUUUGGUUAUUAUUUGAAUUUCAAUCCAAAUCCUUGCGAUCUCGUGACCCAAGGAACCCUAACUCUCUCUCUCUCUCUCUCUCUCUCUCCUUGCCACACGGUAAAAAAAAAGAAAUAAAAAAAGAAAUAUAAAAAAUAGGCGAAUCAAUAGGGCUGGAACUGACGAACCUCAGAUUUGAACCCUAAUUCGAUGAUUCCUGCUCGUGAUCGUGGCGAUUUGGCCGAGACUCCGUUUGUUGGUGUUACUUCGAUCGAGAGUGUUUUGUUUGAAUUUCGAUGCGAAAUUUUGGUGAUUUCAGAUCUGAAAAUGUGUAGUGACAUGUAUGAUGGAAUAUGAAAGUAGGGGAUUUUGUGCUCUGCUGUUUGGAUUCAAAAAAAGUUGAUGGAACAUAGUGUAGAAAACUCAGAUGGUACUGAAAUCCCCAAGAAAUCGAGAUCUCUGGAUCUUCAAAGCAUAUAUAAAUCUAAGGUGUCAAAGGAGGCUCUGAGCAAGAUCUUGAAACAAAAGCGUCAUUUAGAUGGUGCUGAUGAUGAUGGUGAUGCUCUGAAGAAAAAGAAGAAGAAGAGUAGAAAAGAGGUUUCUCUGAGUAGUUUUGAGGAGAGGAGUAGGAGGAGUUUGGAUGAAGUGUAUAGUGGUGGUGGAGUUAGUUCAGGUUCAAAUGAUCCAGGCAAGUCGCCACGGUUAAUUAAUAGCAUUUCACUUAGUUUGGAUGAUAGCAUUGUUAAAAUUCCAAAACGUCGCAGAGGUCUUGUUGGGAGGAAAAAAAUUGAGGGUAGUCAAGUGUCAAAGCCAGCAGGGUCAACACUGCCAUCUAGUGGUAAAAUUGGUAACACCAAUGUGAUAGGUAAAUCAUUGGGUGUUGCUUCUUCAAAAAUUAAAUGGAAAAAGGGUUUUGACGAGUUUAAGGAGAAUAGGUCCAGUGGGUGUAAUUCAGGCCGGCAUUUUAGAAAGGAAGAUAAUGUUUCAGUCAUAAACAAUGGUGAUUCAUCUUCAAGUAAACGCCGCAGGGAUCGAAAAAAGAAGAAAGAUUUGGGAUUGGGAGGCCCUAGCAGUGCAAAGGAGGCUCAACCUUCAGUUAAUAAUCAUAUUAAGUUUUGUGAAGAUAUGCUAGAAGAUGAUGAGGAGAACCUUGAACAGAAUGCUGCAAGGAUGCUCUCUUCUCGGUUUGAUCCAAAUUGCACUGGGUUUUCUUCAAAUAGAAAAACACUUGUGUCGCCAUCAGACAAUGGAUUGUCUUUCCUGAUUUCCUCUGGUCGGGAUUUUGUUGGUUGUGGGGUGAAUUCUGCAGGAGGCUCAGAGUCUGCAUCACUUGAUGCUGCUGGCAGGGUAUUGCGACCAAGGAAACAGCACAAACAGAAAGGCCUCUCGAGGAAAAGGCGCCAUUUCUAUGAAAUAUUAUACAGGGACUUGGAUGCGGACUGGGUAUUGCAUCGGAGGAUCAAGGUCUUCUGGCCUUUGGACCAGAGUUGGUAUUUUGGCCUCGUCAACGAUUAUGACCCAGAACGAAAGCUUCAUCAUGUCAAAUACGAUGACCGUGAUGAGGAAUGGAUAAACCUCCAAAAUGAGAGAUUCAAACUCUUAUUGUUCCCCGGUGAAGUUCCUGGUAAGGGUAGCAGGAAAAAAUUGGCUAGGGGAAAUAAACAUGCAGAUAAGGGAAAGGCAAGCUUGAAUAUAGAAGAUGAUAGCUAUAUAGGCAGCUAUAUGGACUCUGAGCCUAUCAUUUCAUGGUUGGCUCGAUCUUCUCGUCGGGUUAAAUCUGCUCCGUUUGGUGUUUUGAAGAAACAGAAAACUUCUAGCCUAUCUCCAAAAUUUGUGACACAAUUGUUGUCUAGGAAAACAGUCGAUGCACAUGAACGCUUGGAUACAGGUUCAUCAGAAAAGGAUGUAAAUAAACUAUGUAGUAAUCUCAGGUUGGCAGAGAGGUUGACUGAUGCACGAGGGAGUGAAAAGUCUGAACUGGAAAGCAGCCGAAGCAAUCUUUACUCUAAAGAUAAAGAUGAAAAAUUGCCCCUUGUUUAUUAUAGGAGGCGGUUUCACAAAAAAGAACAGCAACUGUGUCAUAGACUUGAGGGCAAUUCUAUCUGCAGAAGCGCACCUAAAUCUGUUACUCAUGCCCCUGGAGCUGAUAAGUUUCUGGAUAUCAAAGAUACAUGUGUUUCUACUAGGCGUGUGAGUCCUGAAAUGCCUUUUUGCUGGACCACUGAUGGCGCAGGGUUGUUGAAGUUAAGCCUUCCAUUGAUGAAAUUUGGGCAGUGCAAGUUUGAGAUAAGCUUCCCGGUGCUUGCAGUUUUGAAUUACACAUUGGGACUGCAGGACUUAUGGCUCUUCCGAACUUUAUUGCUGUUUCACUAUGGUACAGUGAUGGUAAUGUGGCCAAUGGUUCAUUUGGAGAUGCUUUUUGUUGAUAAUAUUGUUGGAUUGAGGUUUCUCUUGUUUGAAGGUUGCCUGAAGCAGGCCGUAGCCUUUAUAUUCCUGGUCUUGACAGUAUUUCAUCAGCCUAAUGACCAGGGGAACCAAGUUGACAUGGAAUUGCCAGUAACUUCAAUCAGAUUCAAACUUUAUUGCAUUCAGGAUCUUAAAAAGCAGCUAGUGUUUGCAUUCUAUAACUUUUCUAAAUUGAAAUCGUCAAAGUGGUUGUACCUAGAUUGUUAUCUUAAGAGAAACUGCAUGCUCGCAAAGCAACUUCCACUGUCUGAAUGCACGUAUGAUAAUAUCAAGGCACUUCAAAGUGGAUCAGAUCACUUGGCCAUAACUCCUGUUUCUGGUGAACCCUCCAUAGUUGAGGGUUUACGGAAGAGAUCUAGGCAGGGUGUUUUUCACAUGGGUGUCUCCAAGGAAUCCUCUUAUGUGAAUAUGAGCCAUGUAUUUGUUGAUGAGAAACAUGGAAGACUUCCUCCGAUUGCUCUUUCUUUUACUGCUGCGCCUACUUUCUUUCUUAGUUUGCAUCUCAAGCUGCUUUUGGAGCAUAGUGUUGCUUGUAUCAGCUUUCAGAACCAUGAUACAAUGAUUUUACAGGAGCAUGAGGAAAGCUCUCGUUGUUUGAUGGUGGGUGACAGCUCUCUAGCUGAAGUUUGCUCUAAUGAAGGUUCAGAAACAUCUAAGAAGACUGACAUGAAGAUUGUGUCAAAUGAUGCUGCUUGUUCUGAAUGGUUGUCUUGCACUAAGCCAGAUGUAAGAACUGAUGUUCUCUCUGUGCGUGCUGAUGGUGAUUGGAAGAUGUCCUACCAAGAUAGUGACAUAAGCAUUGCUUCAACUUCUACUAGUUCGCCUCACCCUGCAAAAAAUGGAAUUGAUACAUCUGUCCAAUUGACUAAGUGGCAAUGCAGCCAUUCAGCUUCAGAGCAAUGUGAGUUGUCAUCAUGUUCUUUGAUUCCAAUGGAUCAUUCUUCUCAAGGCAUGCCUGGUUCUGUGGAUUAUUCUUGUUUGAAUGGUAUCAGCGUUGAAAUUAAUCCAUUUAAUCAAGUUGAAAAGCCUCUUGAUCAGGGAACACAGUCUGCUCAGCGGUUUUCUGAUUUGUCUUGUAACAUGAACGAUGGUGUCAUCUGCAGCUCAAACCCCACUGCUCCCAGAAGCAUUUGGCAUCGAAAUAGGAAUAAUUUGAGUUCAUCAUUUGGAUGCCUCUCUCAUGCAUGGCCAGAUGCAAAAGCUGACUUCUUUCGCAAUGGUUUUGGUAAUGGACCUAAGAAGCCAAGAACUCAAGUUUCAUACUCUUUGCCUUUUGGAGGUCAUGAUAUCAGCUCAAGGCAUAGAAGCCCUCAACAUAAAGCACUUCCUCACAAAAGAAUUAGAAGAGCUAACGAGAAAAGAACAUCCGAUGGUUCUAGGGGUUCUCGGAGUGACACUGAGUUGUCUUGUGAUGUGAAUGUGCUGAUCACGGUUGGGGACAGAGGCUGGAGAGAGCAUGGGGCUCGGGUAGUGUUAGAGCUUGCUGAUCACAAUGAAUGGAGGCUUGCUGUAAAAUUAUCAGGGGCUACUAGGUAUUCAUACAAAGCGCAUCAGUUUAUGCAACCGGGGACAACAAAUCGUUACACACAUGACAUGACUUGGAAAGGAGGAAAGGAUUGGAUUUUGGAGUUUCCAGACAGGAGUCAGUGGAUGCUUUUUAAGGAGAUGCAUGAAGAGUGCUACAAUCGGAAUGUUCGUGCUGCUUUGGUUAAAAACAUUCCUAUUCCUGGAGUACGCCUCAUAGAGGAUAGUGAUGACAAUGGAAGCGAAGUACCAUUUGUUCAAAAUUCUCCUAAGUACUUUCGGCAGCUUGAAACUGAUGUUGACAUGGCGAUGGAUCCAUUGCGCAUUUUAUAUGACAUGGAUAGUGAUGAUGAGCAGUGGAUUGUGCAAAAUCAUAUUGCUUUGGAUGAAAGCAUGAGUAGUUUGUGUGGGGUUUCUGAACAGAUAUUUGAAAAGGCAAUGGAUAUGCUUGAGAAAGUUGCAUACACCGAGCAGCGUGAUCAGUUUACAUCUGAAGAAGUUAGCGAGUUCAUGGCAGGAAUUGGUCCAGCAGAAGUAGUUAAAAGCAUCCAUGACCAUUGGCGGCAGAAGAGGGAAAAAAAGGGAAUGCCUUUAGUUCGACAACUCCAGCCUCCACAAUGGGAGAGGUAUCAGCAGCAAGUGAAAGAUUGGGAGCGGGCGAUGACCAAGGCCAAUAUCUCCCUCUCUGAUGGAUGCCAGGGGAAGGCUGUUCCCCCUGAGAAGCCACCCAUGUUUGCCUUCUGUUUGAAACCACGAGGCCUGGAAGUGCCCAAUAAAGGUUCCAAACAAAGGUCACAGAAGAAACUUCCUGUUGCUGGGCACAGCAAUGCUAUUUCAGGAGAUCAGGAUGCCUUUGGAAGAAGAUUAAAUGGGUUUGCUUUUGGAGAUGAGAAGAUUAUAUUUCCAGGCCAUAAUCACGAAUUUUCUGAUGCUUCUCCACUGGCUCAGACAUCAGCUAGAGUAUUUUCGCCACGUGAUGCUGGCUGCACUGGAUAUUUUUCAAUGAGCAGUAGCGAUGCUUCUGAAAGAAACCGCUAUCCCAAACUUCAUAGAAACAAGUCUAAGAAGAUCGGGACAUUUCUAUCCUCCCAUGAUUUGCCGGUGGUGCCUCCAUACAUCCAGAGGAUUACAGGCAAGAGCAAUGGAAUGCAUCGACUGAAUAUGGGCUUACCUGAUUGGCCAAGCCAGAAGCAUUACCCUCCUGAAGGGACUCAGAGGCGCAUGGUUGAACAGCUAGAUGGUUCAGAUCUUGAUGAGUUUAGGUUGCGGGAUGCAUCUGGUGCUGCUCAGCAUGCACGUAACAUGGCCAAGCUCAAGAGGGAAAAAGCUCAGAGAUUGCUUUAUAGAGCAGAUCUAGCAAUCCACAAAGCUGUUGUUGCUCUUAUGACUGCUGAGGCAAUCAAAUCUUCUUCGUCGUCGAACUCAAAUGGUGAUGGGUAAAGUGGUCUGAUAAUUUAUGCCGGCUCUAGAGAUUUAAUUCAGUGAGCCCCUUCCGCUGGCAGUUCUGCAGCCUUACUUUAUCUUACAGAUUUACAGCGUUUUUUUGGGUCAAUGGUGGCCGCCAUCUGGUAUCGUGUGCAGAGGACAAGUGAAACUUCUAACCUGAUGGCUGUUAGCAGACACAGAAUAGCAGAGACUGCAGCUGCUUCCGCCCAUCUGAAAUGAUCUUCUGAUUUUCCAACACUUCGCCUAUCAUCGUCAAGCCAGUUUUGGUGCGACUUCUCUGUUCUUUACCCACUAGUUUUCUUCUCAUUUCCUUGGUUUUUUUUUUGGGGGUCCUCAGAGCAAGCAGGUUUUCUCAGUUCAAUGUGACCGUUGUACCCCUCCUGCGAGGGGUGUAGGGUUUUGGUUGCCACUUCUUGUACAGAAUUUUUUUCCCUUCUCUGUUCCUAUUUACUAAACCUCAGUUUUUUAAGUGUUCAACAUUAAAGAAGCAAUUGGCCCAAAUAAUACAACACACCCCUCGGGAUGGAUUUGCCCUCGCUGGAAUUUGAGUCAUUUUCCUAUAUCUGUACUGGCGAAAGCUGUCGUCGAAAGAAAAGGAAGAGAAAAGCUAUCAGUUUUGUAUAUGAAGUAUUUAUUUUCUGUUAGUCGCUCUGAUCCUUAACAGAAGUUGUAAAGUGGGUCAGGCUUGUCUAAUCAUGGAAUCAGCUUUUAAAACUGCACUACGGCUUAAUGCGUUAGGGUUAUACAACAUUAUAUUUUGUGGCAAGAUUUAUUUAAGUUUUAUUAUGAGAUGGAAUGUGAUGCGGACUUGCUAAUUG